AUGUCGGCCUCCGCGGCAAAAGUGAGUAAAAAGGAGCUCAACUCGAACCACGACGGAGCGGACGAGACCUCCGAGAAAGAGCAGCAAGAAGCUAUUGAACACAUUGAUGAAGUUCAAAAUGAAAUAGACAGGUUGAACGAGCAGGCCAGCGAGGAGAUCCUGAAAGUAGAACAGAAAUACAACAAACUCCGCCAGCCGUUCUUUCAGAAGAGAUCGGAACUGAUCGCCAAAAUCCCCAACUUUUGGGUCACCACAUUUGUCAACCAUCCACAAGUAUCUGCUCUACUGGGGGAGGAGGAUGAGGAGGCGCUUCACUACCUGAGCCGAGUGGAGGUGACAGAGUUCGAAGACAUAAAGUCAGGUUACAGAAUAGAUUUUUAUUUUGAUGACAACCCGUACUUUGAAAACAAAGUCCUUUCCAAAGAAUUCCACCUGAACGAGAGCGGCGACCCGUCUUCAAAGUCGACAGAAAUCAAAUGGAAAUCAGGAAAGGACUUGACCAAGCGCUCCAGCCAGACGCAGAACAAAGCAGGCCGCAAGAGGCAACACGAAGAGCCUGAGAGCUUCUUCACUUGGUUCACAGACCAUGCCGACGCUGGCGCCGAUGAGCUGGGCGAAGUCAUCAAGGACGACAUAUGGCCCAACCCGCUGCAGUACUACCUGGUCCCUGACAUGGAUGAUGAGGAAGGUGAAAACGAAGAGGAGGAUGAAGACGAGGAAGGCCUGGAGGACAUCGACGAGGAGGGUGAUGAGGAUGGAGAAGAUGAUGAGGAUGAUGAUGGAGAAGACGGAGAGGAUGACGAGGGAGAAGACGACUGA